CGUGGCACGAGAGACGAUUGUGUGCUGUGUGUGUGGCUCAGAUCUUGACUUUGUUUGGACCGACCCGUUUUAGUGCACGCACAGAGAGCGAGUUUGACCAAGGGGCCGGUGUCUACCAGCUACCGACCUAACGAGUUGACUGCAGCGAAAGAGGAUUGAGACAAAGACGAAGAGAGAGACGACAGAGAUCUAAGCCAUCAUGGCGGACCCGGGCGCAGACGCUCGAAAGGAGCUAGACUGGGAUCUCCACAUCCACGUCCCCACGCAGGGAGUGAGGAAGAGCGUCCGAGUCACCAGCGACGAGAGUGUUGGCGCUCUCAUGAUCAAGAUAGCCGAGAAGCUAGGAGAUGCGGACUGGUCAGACUACGCUCUGUGGUGGCCAGACAACAGGAUAUGGCUCAACAAACCACGGCAGUCUCUCUAUGCCUAUGGCAUCAUGUCCGAUGCCAAGUUGGAGUUCAGUCCAGUUCAUCGACAUCUCACAGUCGAGCUGCCCGACAGACACCGUUACCAGGUGCGAGUCAACUUUGCUGUGAUGACGUUCUUCACUGUGUGUGAGAUCUGCCAGGAGUUGAACGUGCGUCACCCGGAGGAGAUGUCCCUCAUAAAGUCACCGGACGACAAGGAAGGCUAUGCCAAGCUCACGGGCUGGGCCAAGAGAAAAGGGGUUAAGCACAGAGGAGGGUCCCGGGAGGGCACCCCCAGUCGGGGAGACGGGGACACUCUCUCGGUGGACAGUGGCGACAUCCUGGGUCACAGUCCACCCAGCAGUCCCGGCCAGCGACGCCGCAAGUACCCCAACCUGGCCCUAGCACCUUCACAACGCUCUGAGAUUGGAAUGUCAGGGUCCACUCAUCUGGGAGAGGCCGAGACGAGUCUGUUCUCAGACAAACUGUACAGAACUUCUCACGAGAGGACCUACAUCAAUGGCCUGUGGCUGGACUCCUCCAAGACUCUCUAUGAACAGGACGUGAAUGCGCACGACCUCCUCUACCUUCGCUUCAAGUACUUCAGUUUCAUGGACAUCGACCCUCGGGUGGAUGACUUCCGUAUUGCCGAGCUCUAUGAGCAGGCCAAGUGGUCCAUCCUGACCGAGGAGGUAGACUGCACCGAGGAAGAGGCCUACACCUUCGCUGCUCUGCAGUUCCAGGUGAACCUGGCCAAGUCCCAGGCCCCCAGCUCCCUGCCAGUGGCACAGACCACCACUGACAGUGGCGUCACCGACAUUGACGAUGCCCUCACCAACCUUCAGAAUCAACUUGGCCAGACUGACAAAGGAACAUCUGAGAGUCCGGCCCUCCAGCUGACGGGGUACUGCAAACUGAUGCGACCGACUCGCCUCACAUUCAAGACUCCCAAGAGACACUUCCUCCUGCUCAAGGGCACCAUGCUCUCCUACUUCAAGGAAGAGGAGGACUUUACUCAUGGCCGCUCACCCAUCCAGAGACUCAACCUCACUGGGGCGGAGGCUCUGUCAGACAUGGACAUGGUGAAGAAGAAGUUUGUCAUCAACCUGGUCAUGCCCAGCUCCGACCAGACCGGGGAACUGCGACUCAUCUUUGAGACGAGUGACGAGUACUGUAGUUGGAUGGCGGGGUGCAGGAUGGCGAUGAAAGGUCGACCGUUGGUCAAACAGGGCUACGAGCAGGAGCUGUCCAGUAUCCGUGCCUUUGUGUCAAUGCAGAACAAGUCAGACAGCUCCGGAGGGGCCUCUUCCACUGACCAUGGGGAGGAGCUGAAGCCAGAGGAUCUGGUCGGACCUCGUCUGCUCAAGAAAAAGAAACCAAAAGAGGUUGUUCGUCAAGUGUUGGAUGCCCAUGCCUCGAUGCUAAACCUCAGCGUCCAAGAUGCCAAACUCCAGUACAUCCGCAACUGGCAGGCCCUUCAAGACUUUGGCAUCGUUUACUUCCUCGUCAAGCAGGGGCGCUCCAAGAAAGAGGAGCUGCUGGGGAUAGCGUACAACCGACUGAUUCUCAUCGACCUCCACACCAUGGAGCACAGGAAGACGUGGCGCUACUCGGCCAUGCGCUCGUGGAACGUCAACUGGGAGUCGAAACAGCUCCGCAUCGACCACGAAGAGGACAAGCUGGUGUUCCAGUGUCUCUCCGCCGACCUAAAGAUCCUCCACGAGUUUAUCGGCGGGAACAUCUGGCUCUCGUUGCGCAACGACAAGGACCAGCUGGACGUCGCCAUGUUCGUGAAGUUGACCGGAGGAGUCACCAACAACCUCCAGGGAUGGGGGGCGGAGACAAUGACACGUUUCCUCCAAUCGUAACGCCCGAUGAGAGAACUGUGCGCUGCCACAGCUGCAAUGGCACGCUACCAGUAGCAAUUACUAUUUCGUGUUCUCUUUCUCUGCGCAUGUGUGUGUGCGUAUCUUUGCACACACUGUGUACCCUUCAAUUUUGUAGCGAUAUAAAAAAAAUUAACUUGAAAGUCGUAUAGAUUUCCACACAAAUUUUUAUUUGAAUGUUCUGCCUUGGUACAGAGCGCAUACACAAACACACACCACCACAUCUUUCCCUUUAGAUCACGUGACGAUUUAUUUGAUGUAUUUUGUACAGGAAAUAAUUUGUAUUAGGAAAUUACAAGUGCGGUUUUCGCAGCGUGCGUGGGACUAGACUGCGACCGCUAUAGGGGGGCGUGGCUACAUUGCAGCGCGAGCUAGCUGUGCGAUCGAUUGGGGGUGGAAAAUAGUACC